UCAUCUCUCGCUGGUUUUGAUCUAGCUCGGAGCUCGCUGCGCCGCUGCAUCCCUCAGGUUCGCCGCGGGCUCUGGGAUUCUAGAACUCCCUGGCGAUUUUUUAUUUCUGUCUGGGAUGCUCGCACGUUGGAUUUCCCCCCUGAUUCGGUUGGGAGCCGCGCCGGGGAAGGAUUUCUUCUAGUCUAUCUCUAUUUACGUCAGCUUGUUUUCCUCUGGUUUGUUUGUGAUGUUGUCAUGCGUCAAUGUUGCACCUCUUCCUCUGCUCCUGUGUGUUUUCCGGGUGAUAUCUGUUAUCAGUAGCUUCAAGGUUCUCGUUUGGUGUCGGGGACGGUCGCCGGGUCGCGUGCUGCUCCUGCUAUUCCAGGAGUGUGUCAGGCCUUUGCUCCUGCUAUCUCCAGGCCGGUAAUAAGACGAGGUAGCUUUCAUUUACGGCUCGCGUGGUUCUGCAUCCUGUUUGGGGCUGCUUACUGCCUUGGUGAAAAGGUUGGAGUUUUGUUACCCUUAUUUUGCAAUGUCAGAGCAGGGCAAUCUCUACGUGGGCAACUAAUGCUUAGUUGGUGUGCAAGCCAAGCUCAUACAAUGAGCGCGGGUUUCAACAAGCAGAUCUUGGCUCAGAAGCUCGCAAAACUUAAUAGCUCACAACAGAGCAUAGAGACUUUAUCACAUUGGUGUGUCUUUCAUCAUCGUUACUGCCGACAAGUUGUAGAAACAUGGGAUUACGAGUUCCGUGUUGCUUCUAGUGAGAGGAGGCUAUCUUUGCUGUACCUCGCAAAUGAUAUUAUGCAGAAUAGCAGAAAGGAAGGCAAUGGAUAUAUAACUGAGUUCAUGAGGGUCAUCCCUGCUGCCUUGAAUGAAGUGUUGACUAUCAGAGAUGAUCUUGGACGGAAUGUUGUAAAAAGACUGAUUGACAUAUGGGAAGACCGUAAAAUAUUUGAUACUCAGGGACAAAGCCUCAAGGAUGACUUUUUCAGGAGGUUAAAGGACAUAAGAAACAAGUUGAAAAAUCCGGCUGGUGAGCUGCUGGAGAAGGUUGUCUCAAGCUACAAACUUGUACUGAAUGCUCCUAUGGAUGAGGACACUCUGAUGCGAAAAUGCCAAGCUGCUAUUAUUAAUUUUGAUGAACUCAAUAAUAACUCGUUUUUAGGUAGCAGCAAUCAAUCUGGUGUUGAGGAGCUGCAGCAACAACAUAGCAUACUCAGAAACUUCAUUGAACAACUCAAAGUGUCAGAAUCACUGAGGGUCACUCUUAUUCAUCAUUUGAAGGAAGCAAUGAAUGAGCAGGAGCUCAAAGUGGAACAAGUGAGAGGCCAGCUUCAGGCAGCUCAAUCUCGAUACAAGAAAGCUGGUGAGCUCUGCCGGGGGCUUGGAAUUGACAUGGAAAGGCAUCAGCCAUCUAACCAAGGGCUUAAAUCCUGUCUCUCUGAAACGCCUGCUUCCAUUGCCCCAGAUUCAGCUAAUACAAAAUCUCUUCUGAGGGGACAGUCAAGUGCAGUGUUGUAUUCACAGGAGGGAAAUGGUGCUGGGCAUAAUGCUGUAGCAUCUAAUGUUUUGACGAAGCUUUCUGUAGGUGCUGUUUCAGAAAAGAUCAGCGAUAGUGUUUUGCCUUCACGAGCCAACGGGGGCAAUACUGCAGUGAAGAUAGAUGAGCACUCUUCUGGUAACAAGAGGCAGAAGCAAGAGGAUGACACACAUAUUUCUCAGCCUCAAUCAGAGUCACCACCACCACCACCCCCGUUCCCGCAUCCUGAUGCAUUUCAACCACCACCACCACCUGAGUAUCCUCCAUCACCAGAGCCUAGCCCACCAUUUCAACCACCACCACCUGAGUAUCCUCCAUCACCAGAGCCUAGCCCACCACCACCGCCAACUUCAAUGCCACCCCAUAUAAUACCCCCGCCUCCGCCAGCCACAAUGCCACCCCAAAUGAUCUCAGCUCUACCACCUACAGCUGGUACAUUUGUACCUUUUCCUGCUGGACCUCCUGGUCCAAUGUAUGCCACUUUUCCAUUUACUCCUGUGGUCAACUUUCCCAUGAACAUUCCACCUGGUUUCCAGAGUCCUGCAACCCCACCUCCAGCUUUUCAAGGAUUAUCAGGUACAUUCUAUGGGCCUGCUACAUUCCCCACAGCACCCCCACCAACAGACAAGAAAUAAGAGUCGUAUCUUACCUUGAAAUUUGUAGCUCCAGCCGCCAGCCAGCACAUGAGAUUGUAACAUGGAGUUUUGCUUUGGCAAGUGUCAUAGUUUUGUUUCAUCGUAGGAUAUGACCAACGGGAUGCAUCACCAUGUGUUCUGUGGAGCUCAGACUACUGCUCUAGUGUUGUACAUUUAGUCAGCUAUCGUGCAACAGUGAACUAAUUGUUCAGGUCUUGGUCACAAAGUAGAACCUGUAGAUUCCAACUGCCAGAUGGAAUUUGUCAUUCUAAGAGCCGAGAGCAAAUGCCUCCAACAUAAUUGACUGAUUUAGUUCUGGCCUUGUUUAUGGAGUAAAAACUGUAGAUUUCAACAGCUAGAGAGAAAAUAUGAACUCAAUAGGCGAGGCCAAAUGUUGUACUAUGACACGGUUGUAACUUAUCAUAGCUAUGUUAUUUGCUAGAUCAUCCGGGGAUAUGUAGAUGUUCUUGUGAUGUAUGGAGCUAGUAUUUCUGUUGUUUGAUGUAAGAUAUAACUUCAGUUGCUGCCGAUGGUUGAAUCUUCUGCUCUGCUAUAAUUCUCCUUUA